AUGCCUAUGCAGAAUAUAAUUCUUGCAGAAUUUUGCUCUGAAAUUCCCAUUGCGAAUGGACAAACAACGGUGUUGCAAUUGAUGGAUGUUUCAUCUGGGCCACAUUCCAUCUUCGAGACAACUUUCCGACAGCAGUUUUCACUUCCAAUAGACACUACCUGUGACCACAUUCAUACUCAUAAUAGCGGUGAAGUCACCCCAAGCAUUGCCAGUGAUGCGGUUCUAACCCCCAAAGUCCAUCAAUGUACCCCACCCACUACAAAAAGCAGUACUGUAAUGACUCCUAGUGAUGAUUUGUCUCAUGGCGAGGAUCGUAUGAUGUACAUGACAUCCUGUGCCAAUUUAGCAGAAGACACUAGCCACGUCGAUGACGUCUUUUCGAAUAAUGCACUCCUCUCAACAGAAUAUGCUGUGGAGCCUUCCGUAUAUCUGAAGCACUUUGUGGGCAGAACAUCGACAUUAACAUACGGAUGGUUCGAGACCACUGGUCCACAGCCUAUUGAUACCCCUCCUAACUUUUCAUCUUUUGACAAUAUACAACUUGGUGACCUGUUUCUCCACCACACAGAUCAGAAAGUGGUUUGCUGGAUCCGCAAGUAUUCCCCCAGUGGUGGCGUGUGGAGAAUGAUCUUGCCGGGAGAUAAUGGGUCGCACAAUGAGGACUUCUCUCGCCGAAUUUUGGUGUUGCAUUCAGAUGGGAAUCCCACAUGGGUCCUCCCCAAAACUCACAUCAUGGAAGUCUUAUGCAUAGGAACUACAUUCAUGACGAUCUCGCUCGCAUUAUUUCACAAAAAUAUCACUUGUGUCACCGUUCUGAUUGACGGAGAAGAAGUUAGUGUACAAGUACUCGAAUCGAAGGAGAGUAGUUGUUUGGGUUGGGCUGGGCUGAGCAUUAGCUCGGGAUGGGACACAAGCAGGCGGAGCCGCUGGGAGGGCGGGACACUGCUUAUGAAUUCGAUCAUGUCAUAUGACUCGUGA